CCCCGCCGCCCGCCGCCCCUUCCCGCCGGCCGCCGCAGUGGUCGGGCGCGUGUGCGCGGCGCCGAGUUCCGCCGUGCCCCCGCCCCGCCCGGCCCCGGCCAGCCCGCCUUCACCGACUCUCCUCGCCAGCCCCCGCCACUAGCCCCCUACCGCCAUGGCCGACGAACUCGACUUCACCACGGGCGAUGCCGGCGCCUCUUUCACGUACCCCAUGCAGUGCUCGGCGCUGCGGAAGAACGGCUUCGUGGUGCUCAAGGGCCGCCCCUGCAAGAUCGUGGAGAUGUCCACCUCGAAGACGGGCAAGCACGGCCACGCCAAGGUCCACUUGGUUGGUAUUGACAUCUUCACUGGUAAAAAAUACGAAGAUAUUUGCCCUUCAACUCAUAACAUGGAUGUUCCAAAUAUCAAGAGGAAUGACUACCAGCUGAUAGGUAUUCAGGAUGGGUAUCUCUCCCUGCUGACAGAAAGUGGUGAAGUUCGUGAGGAUCUAAAGUUGCCGGAAGGGGAUCUUGGCAAAGAAAUAGAAGUAAAAUUCAAUGCCAAUGAAGAUGUGCAGAUAUCUGUCAUAAGUGCAAUGAAUGAAGAAUGUGCUGUAGCCAUAAAGCCUUGCAAGUAAAGAGGAUCACCAGGCUCGGGCAAGUGCUCAGGUCUGGACAAACCACAGAUCUAUAAAUUUGGUUCUUAUUGUCACCAAAGCUCUGGCCUUCACAAGCAACCUCAUUUCUUUUUUGAAUUGUUAAAAAGCAGUGCUGGAUUCUGGAUUAAUGUUGCAGGCUAACUGGCAGUUUUCAAAAUCACUGAGAUUUUAAUUCCUUAAUUGUAACUAUUUUAACAUUCCUGUGGGUUUCAGCUAUGAAUCUGAGAAACCAAUCAGGUGUUACUAGUGGAUAUAUUUUUAUUUGCUUGAGCAAAACAGUGUUUGUCUGUAUGAACAGACAAAAUACAGUAUUCAGGGGCUUUUAGAUAAGCUGGUAGGUAUCUAGGGUUAUAAAGUGACCUAGAGCACAAAUAGUAUUUUUCUUGACAUGUUUAGGUAGAACUGACAAUAAAAGUAGCUUUUUUUUUUUUUUUGUUUGGGGUUUUUGUUUGUUUGUUGGUUUGGUUUGGUUUGGUUUUUUAAAGCUUAAGUAUUUUGUGGAUUGGGACUCUUGCAGAACUGUAGGUGCCAAUCACAACUUUUAGACCAAGAAACUCAAGUGAUCAAAAAUGCCAGCUGGCUUGACCAAGCCCCAGUGGCCAUGUGCAACUUAACUGUAUUACCUCUGUAUUCUUCUUUGCCAACUUGUUGGCUUAUUGUAACGAUAAAAUGGUGUCAAAGCCUACCUGUGGUUUAGGCAGGCAGUUGGAAUAUUGGGUAGAUAAGACAUAGAUAGGUCAAGGGGACACAAAGGUGAGAAUGGAUGUUAAAGCUAUAGACUUUCACUCGAGGCCUUUGUCAGACUUGAAAAAUAAAAUAGAAAAAUGCAGUUCAAUUGCUUUCCUUUAUUGUAUUUAUCUUAAACUAUAAAAGGGUGACAAACUCCAUGGGAAUCUGUUGCAGUGCUUCCAGCUUUAGGUUUUAAUCUUCAGGUUCAGACCAUACUUUUGUAGCACAGGGACCACAUGGUUUUGUUUGGUUUUUUUUCUUUC